CUCAGGACCCGGCUCCAGGUGCUGAUCUGAUCCCCAGCUGAUACCAUGUGCGACGACGAGGAGACUACCGCUCUGGUGUGCGACAAUGGCUCUGGUCUUGUGAAGGCUGGCUUCGCCGGAGAUGACGCACCUCGUGCUGUCUUUCCCUCGAUUGUCGGUCGCCCACGUCACCAGGGCGUCAUGGUCGGUAUGGGUCAGAAAGACUCCUAUGUUGGUGAUGAGGCUCAGAGCAAGAGGGGUAUCCUCACUCUGAAGUAUCCUAUCGAGCACGGCAUCAUCACUAACUGGGACGACAUGGAGAAGAUCUGGCACCACACCUUCUACAAUGAGCUGCGCGUGGCCCCCGAGGAGCACCCCACCCUGCUCACCGAGGCUCCCCUCAACCCCAAGGCCAACCGUGAAAAGAUGACCCAGAUCAUGUUUGAGACCUUCAAUGUGCCAGCCAUGUACGUUGCAAUCCAGGCAGUGCUGUCCCUGUACGCUUCUGGCCGUACCACAGGAAUUGUGCUGGACUCUGGUGACGGUGUGACCCACAAUGUCCCCAUCUAUGAGGGCUACGCUCUCCCUCACGCCAUUAUGCGCCUGGACCUGGCCGGUCGUGACCUGACAGACUACCUCAUGAAAAUCCUGACAGAGCGCGGCUACUCUUUUGUUACCACUGCUGAGCGUGAGAUUGUGCGUGACAUUAAGGAGAAGCUCUGCUACGUGGCCCUUGACUUUGAGAACGAGAUGGCCACAGCGGCCUCCUCAUCCUCCCUGGAGAAGAGCUAUGAGCUGCCCGACGGUCAGGUCAUCACCAUUGGUAACGAGCGUUUCCGCUGCCCUGAGACGCUGUUCCAGCCUUCUUUCAUUGGCAUGGAAUCAGCUGGUAUCCAUGAAACCACUUACAACAGCAUCAUGAAGUGCGACAUUGACAUCAGGAAGGAUCUGUACGCCAACAACGUCUUAUCCGGCGGCACCACCAUGUACCCCGGUAUCGCUGACCGCAUGCAGAAGGAGAUCACUGCCCUGGCUCCCAGCACCAUGAAGAUCAAGAUCAUUGCCCCACCUGAGAGGAAGUACUCUGUCUGGAUUGGUGGCUCUAUCCUGGCCUCCCUGUCCACAUUCCAGCAGAUGUGGAUCAGCAAGCAGGAGUACGACGAGGCUGGCCCGUCCAUCGUCCACAGGAAGUGCUUCUAAGCGACAGCUUCCAAUUGUUACCUCCCCCUGCAUAUGCCAAAGUUAAGGCUUCUGGCAAAUCCAGACGCCCUUUCUUUAAUUCUUGUCAAUGUACAGUUUGUUUACACAGAAGUGCAAUUUAUAUUUGGAUAUUUAUUGGUUUAUAAAUAAACAAGAC